AUGGGCACCGAUGUAUCCGCCAGAUUUCACGAAUUUCAGCUCUCCAUCAAAAGAAAAAUCGAUUGCAAAGAGCAUUUAACGUUGGAGGAAAACGUGCAACACAUUCUCGCUUUGCCGCCCAUCCUACUUUUGAAACCAGCUCGUACACACGCCGACCUGCAUGAAUACAUUAGUUUAAAUACGUUUGAUGCUCUAGCAGCGCACAUUUUGACAAGCAACAGCAUCGCUCAUCAUAAGUUUCCCGCGGUAACAAAGGCAAAACUUGAACAAAUUGUGGAGGAGGUGGCCGUUGUUGUGUCUAUGGCAAGUUCUAUGUCAAAUGCUUCCAGUGGAACAAGAUCCUGCUCGCGACUCGAUGCCAGCCGUCAAAUCACAGCAUUAUUGAAAGGUGAUACAAUGAAUUCGACUAACAAGAUCCUGUUGACUGUAAGAAACAUGGUGGAGACGCUUCCCCGACGUGUUUUUGAAAAAGGUCCACAAAAAACGGAGCUCAUUACAAGGCAUUUUCAAUCAAGUCUGGCGCCAUUGUUUGAAGAUAUUGACAAAGAUGUCAUCUUCCGGUGGACGUCGGUCAGCGAUGAUGACAAACCAGCAAUGAUACGACCAGAUGCCUCAAUCAACAUUGUGCGUGCACUUAACCAUCGUCUGGUUGGAUUGGAUCUAGUGCGGGUUGCACAUUUAGCGAAAAUUGCCUCAGACAAACACAAAGCAAGAGCCACGUUUGCAUUCAUUGUUGUUGGCAACCACGCCACAUUUUAUCUCUUAUGUCGUGCCCAAUACCACUUAUACACCAUGUCUGAAGUUGAACAUGUCCAGCUUCCGUUGGCAUUGGAUGAAAUUCCUAUCUUUAUUGCACAACUGAACAAGAUCUGCAACAUCAUUGCCAGUUUUAACUAUGUUCUCAACUGCGACAGUCAUGAUUAUGGCGAUCAUCCACCAACCCUCCGCGACCAUCUGCUUCUGGAAGCCAUCGACCAAAGAAUAUCACGCAAAAGAAAAUCAAUCACCAGUCAUUAUAACCACUGA